GUCUCCAUUCCCCGUGUCCCUCUCAUCACUCCCACUCGCUGGCACUCGUGACGCGACAAGCGACGGGCAGGGAACGCCUUUCCCCGCCGAUGCUCGCCGGCGGUGCCGACGGCAACGGCCACCUGCCGCAGCCGCGCAGUGCGCUGCGCGUAGGAGGGAUGGCCCCCCCUCCGCCGGGCCAAGCGGCCUCAGCGCCGCCGCCGCAUCCCGCGCCGCCGCCCUGCACCGACUACGACAUGGCCUACUUCAGGGCCUACUCCCACAUCGGCGUCCACGAGGAAAUGCUCAAGGAUCAUGUGAGAACAAAUAGUUACAGAAAUGCUAUCAUGAAUCACCAAGAUCUAAUUUCAGGCAAGGUCGUGUUAGAUGUUGGUUGCGGCACUGGCGUUCUUUCUGUAUUUUGUGCUUUUGCUGGUGCCUCUCGGGUCUAUGCAGUCGAUGCAAGCGAUAUUGCAUUGCAGGCAAUGGAAGUUGUGAGAGAAAAUGAUCUGUCUGACAAAGUCAUUGUUUUGCAUGGCCGAAUUGAGGAUGUUGAUAUCGAAGAAAAAGUGGAUGUCAUCAUAUCUGAAUGGAUGGGCUACAUGCUUCUCCAUGAGAGUAUGCUGGGCAGCGUAAUUUUCGCUCGGGAUAAAUGGCUUACGCCAGGGGGUCUUAUUCUUCCGUCUCAUGCAUCACUUUAUCUGGCACCUAUUACAAAUUCUCAGAGAUAUCAGGAUAGUAUUUACUUCUGGCGAGAUGUAUAUGGUAUAAAGAUGUCUUCUAUGAUGCCUCUUGCCAAACAAUGUGCAUUCAUGGAGCCCUCUGUUGAGACGAUUAGCGGAGAGAAUGUUUUGACAUGGCCAACGGUGGUGGCACAAGUGGAUUGUUAUACCGUACAAGCUUCGGACCUUGAAAUUAUUACGGCUGCAUAUAAGUUUACAUCAAUGCUGCAAGCUCCAUUGCAUGGAUUUGCAUUUUGGUUUGAUGUCGAGUUUAACGGGCCAGUUCGCCAAAAAACUAAGAAGCAAGCAAGCCAACCCUCGGAUGGGAACAUGCAAAAUGCCAGCCCAAGCAGUAAAAAGAAAAAACCAGAUGUCUCGAUUGUUCUGUCAACUGCCCCAGAGGAUGCACCUACUCACUGGCAGCAGACACUAUUGUAUUUGUUUGAACCUAUCGGGCUAAAGAAGGACCAGAUAAUUGAAGGUUCUGUUACCAUAUCUCAGAGCCAGCAACAUUCUCGUUUCCUCAACAUCUCUCUGAAAUAUUUUACUGGAGAUCAAUGGUAUGUUAAAGAAUCUGUGAUGCGAUAACAUGGGUAACUUGAACAGAGUAAUGCUUUCUGGAUAGGUGGAAAUGCAUCAUGAACCUCAUUGAUUAUUGCAAUUUUGGAGCAUUCUGACUGGAGCAGGAUAUCAUGAUGGCAAAUAGAUCAACAUGUGCUAUCAUUUUGUAUGCUGGAAAUUUUGUUGGAAACAGAUCAAUCCUCCAGCAUUCCAACAAUAUUCCUUUACUCCAAAGCAGGUCUUAGAUUUUCAUUAUCUGCAGUACGACUUGAAUAGGUCUGUAGCCUAAUGAUUAGUGUAUCCACAAUUGAUGAAGAAUGGAUUGGGGGAACUUUGAUAAUUACAAGUAUCAUCUUAACUCAUCCAUCAGCCGCUUCUUUUACACUAGAGAGCUAUGUAGGUUAUUUCCAUUGUUUUUAAGAACUACCUGCCAGUACAAAAUCCAUCCGGCCCUUGAGAAGUUGUAAUAAUAGUGUGUAUGCUAAAUCAUCAUUUCUGACAGUAUCAGAAAAUUAUCAAAGAAAAAUCAAGUUAUAU